GGAACAUUUUAUCUUCUCGUCGUCCGCCGCCAUCGAAACUACCUAGUUACUCAUGGUGCUCCUCGAGCCAACAGAGUCAUGGACUCCGUGAGCCUCGCCCAGCUCGAGCGCCCACGCCAGCUGUACAAGAACCUGUCUCCAAACAAGAGGGUUAUCCGACUCUUACGGCUGCUGCCCGGCCGGCCGGAAGAACCCAGAAUAUGCUGCGAGCUACACGAACGUUCCUUGUUGGAUGCCGUGGGGCGUUACAAAGCACUCUCCUACGUCUGGGGUCGGGAAUACAUAGGGUACGCAGACGACGAGCAUGCCGUGUAUUGCAACGGUAUCAAGGUCCGCGUCACGCUGAACUUGUAUUCGGCUCUCCACAGUCUAAGGGAUGUCACGGCCAUCUCGACGAUGUGGAUCGAUUCCCUCUGCAUCGACCAGUCGAACGAGAGAGAGCGCUCCCAUCAGGUCGGAAUUAUGCGCGACAUAUAUGCGUACAGCACGGAGGUGAUCAUUUGGCUCGGGACAGGCGGGCCGGAGACUACCAAGACUGAGUGGGGCGACAUUCGCUUCUUCGGCGAUGAAAGAGACACGCCCAAGAUUGAUUCACACCUUGGAAAACUUUGGAGGGGACAACUGGAGCUGCCAGACGAUAGCCAGGAUAUCUUCGGGGCGUUUUGUGUUUUUUCAAUGUUGGCCCAGGGACUCCCCGCCUCCAGGAUCUGGUACCUCAAGAACUUGACCUAUUCUGCCCCAAUAGUUCGUGGGAUUAUGGCUCUACUGGUCGAGCCUUGGUGGAGCCGAAUUUGGGUGGUCCAGGAAACUGUGGUGUCGACCCAUGCCCUCGUCUACUACAAAAACAUAUCUAUGCCGUGGCAUGCUUUUUCGAGAGCGUCUCUGUGUUAUGUAUCGGGCAAGUUCACCGAGCAGCUGGGGUCUGCGCCCUCUCAGACAUAUGGUCCUGCCCUGGCCAAUUUUCACCAACUGGUCGACGCGAUCGACAUGCCUAGAAGAGCCUGGAACCAUUUCGAUCCAUCUUCACUCCUUCCGCUCUUGAGAAAGUUCCGCACUAGAUACGCAAGCGACCAGCGAGAUAAAGUCUUUGCCCUGAUCGGCUUGGUCAGUCUCUGGGGCCAAGACCAGCCCCUGGCCCCCGAUUACGAAAAGCGGCUGAGCAGGGUGUACUGGGAAACGACAAGGCACCUCAUACGGAGCUCCGGGUCACUCGCAGUGCUUGCUGGCACCACUGCCAGUGCUGCACAAAUCAAUGCCGGCUUCCCGACCUGGUUGACGGACUGGAGCUACCGGCCUGCUUCUAACGAGGCAGACCGACUCAACAGCCACCGCUUUUACCAAGCGUCUGGAGGAUCAAUGGACGGUGUUAGCGUUCAUGGUCAGACACUCCUUGAGACAAAAGGGUACUGUCUCGACACUAUCGACACUGUACAAGGCUUCAACGAUUCUCUGGGAGAAAAUCUAGACGCAUGGUUUCUGGAAUGGGAGCCUUUCUUCUCUCAGCCUCAAUACAAACAUGGGGGAACGGUGCGAGACGCCUUCUGGAGAACCAUGUGUGGCGAUGUGAUAUACGUUCCCGAGGCGAGGACUGAGCGGGACAAGUUCAGAAGAGCAAGGGCCUCAGACGUUAAGGCCUUUGAGCAUUGGCGUCGAGUUGACAAGUCUGCGAACCGCCGGACCUCGAUCAUUGGCGGCACGUGGCAAGACUUGGUGAGCCCCGAGCAGCAGGCGGCUCACAAGAUACGCAACGACUUUAAGCUGGCGGUCGAGUGCGCCUCAAAGGGGAGGCACUUCUUCAUCACGACGGGGGGGCGAUUAGGCACUGGCCCGCCAACUCUGAAACAGGGUGACUCCGUAUAUAUAAUGCACGGUAGUAAUGUCCCCCUGAUCCUGCGCAAGACACUCACGUCCAGGCAGUGCCGAGGCAAGGUCGUGGAGAAACUGGUGCCCUCCACUAAUGAGGCCGAGGCCAUGGGACGCACGGCGGACCAGGAGGGCGCGAACAGGGCGGCUUAUCGAGAAGUGUCGAGGUUCUCAAGGUGCAGUGAGGUUCAUAAAGAGUGUUACAGACUCAUUGGUGACGCGUAUGUCCAUGGAGUCAUGGAUGGAAACAAGAUCUUGGAUUGCGUGAGGACGAUCGAGACUGUCUAUCUUGUAUGAUGGUCCGGGAGCAUGACGUACCAGUAGCAAGGUGGCUUCAAUGAAAGUUAAAACCACAAACUUGAAGUAGGCCAAAGCCGUCUACCUACAAACGGACCCCAAGGCUCUUGUGCCCGCUGUUUUGAAAUAAUGAAAAAACUGCAGCUGCAUGCCCAAUGCCUCUGCACAGAACCAUCCAGCUUCUUGUGUUGAGCACGACCGCGCAAGUACCACUUCGAUCUCAAUUGUGACUUGUGUUCACUCAGCAACAAUUCUGCAUACUUGGGUGAUCAACCGGCUCGUGUUCCAGCUGUACGACGGCCGACUUCCAGCCGGUCAAAAUUUCAGCCUGAUUGAGUUGCCCUCCUGUUCCCUCGUUCACUUCAACAAGAUUUUGCCCAAGUGUCAACACUUACUUUACGCCUUCAACGCUGCCUUAUCAGCCUGAGGCUGUGAGCUUGCAG